AUACUGAAGAGUAUAUUCAAUUUCAAAUUUGACAGAGGGCUUUGGAGGAGAAAAAAAUGGCUCAAAUUGAGGCAAAAAAUGCUGAAAGAGCAGCAGUGCAAUCUUUUCAGGAUAAGACUGCCACGCUUGAGUCUUACACUAAGGCAAGCAAGAAAAUCUCUAAGCACUUUGCCCAGAUGCAGGCUUUACAAGAGCAGGUAAAUUCUGCUAAAUCUGUUGAGAAAGAUGUUAAGGUUCUUAAGAGUAAGCUAAGUGAUGAAGGAGUGUUAGAUAAGUCACUUGAGGCCAAAAUAGUUGAACUGCAAGCAAAAGCGGACCAGUUAAAAGAAUUUAAAAGGCAGCUUGAAAAAGAAAGUUCUCUCAGAAUGGAGGAUGCAACCAAGGAAUUAAAUAAUGUGAAAUUAGAAGUGGAAUCAAAAAAGCACACUCUCGAUCAAAGGCAAAGACAGGUGGAAUCAGUGGUGGCAGAGGGUGAUGCUAUCACUUCAAAGAUCAAUUCAGUGAAGCAGUCAGGAGAAGCUAAAAUGCAAGAAUUAGGCCAGAAAGGUGAAGAAAUAAUGACAGAGGUAUGUGAUUUUCAUUCAUCAAUUUUACGUAUUUUUUGAACCUUUUUGUCUGCUAUGUUUUUGGUUAGAACUUCAUUUAUACCAUACACAUACAUGAGAUGCAAGUUAAGUUUACUUUUAUAAUCCCGAACAAAUACAGAUGCCUCUUUUUAGGAAAAUUCUUAGUUUUAUUGUUAUGAAGUGAAACAAAUACAACAGCGACGUCUUAUUGAACAUCACUUUUGCUCUCAUGCCUUACUGAACUAUCAUAAAACUCUAAACACAUCGCCGUCUAUAGAUUUUAGUUUCAAAGCAGUAUAUAGUUAAGAGGUUGACAAAUUUCCGCCAUUGUAAUAUUAAGUGCUUACAUGAGAAAUUUGGUCAGUGCAAGCCACUUGGACGGUCAAAAUUC